AUGAAGUUCACAGCUGCCAUCAUCGCCUUCGCUGGCCUCGCCGCCGCCCAGUCUCUGGCGGACGUCCCUACCUGUGCUCAGAAGUGCUUGGCCGACGCCGUCACCUCCAACGGGAAGUGCACUGUUGGUGACAUCUCCUGCCUCUGCAGCGCUGCCAACUACCAGGCUAUCGUCACCGCCGGUACUCCCUGCGUCCUCGCUAGCUGCGGUGCCGACGUUGCCGUCAACCAGGUCCUCCCCGCCGCUGGCAAGAUCUGCGCCGCCGUCGCUGGAGGCGGUGGCCCUGCUUCCGCCGCUUCCUCGGUCGUCGCUUCGGCCUCUGCCGCUGCAUCUUCCGUCGUUGCCUCAGCCUCCGCUGCCGUCUCCUCCAUUGCCUCUGCUGCCACCAGCAAGGCUGCUUCCGCCGCCUCUUCCGUCGCUUCAAGUGCUUCCCGCGCCGUCACGAGCGCUGUCUCGUCCGCCGCCGCUGGCACCACUCGCACUGCUGUUGUCACGAGCGCCACCACCACUCGCAACGGGACCUCCACUGCCACUGCUACCGCUACCCCCGUCACCGUCAACGGUGCUGCUACUCAGGGUCCCGUUGGCCUCCUGGCUGCUCUCGCUCUUGGUGCUCUUGCCUACUUGUAA